AUUAGCCGCUGUCCUGCGCACACGCACACGCACACACACUUUACACACGCGCGCGCAAAACUGCCUGGCCACUUGGAAAUUUCCCUGCCAGAAGACGGAUGCUAUUUGGCCGCUAAAGCAGCGAAGUGUCCGCCAACGUGCGCCCGGUGAUGCAGCAGAGGAGCUGGUGAAGCUGCGAAGAUCAGCACACACACACACGCAAGGAGGCCCUUUCCCCUUUCAGCAAAAAGGUACAGUUCCAACCCGCUGCCGGCCAAGAUGGUUGUUCUGUCGCUGAAAAUCUGCGUUCGCCACUGCAACGUGGUGAAGACCAUGCAGUUCGAGCCGUCCACGGCUAUCUACGACGCCUGCAGGAUCAUCCGGGAGAGAGUUCCCGAGGCUCAGUCUGGACAGGCUUCAGAUUAUGGUCUGUUUCUGUCUGACGAAGACCCCAGAAAAGGAAUCUGGCUGGAGUCUGGCAGGACACUCGACUACUACAUGCUCCGCAAUGGGGACAUUCUUGAAUACAAGAAGAAGCAAAAGCCCCAGAAAAUCAAAAUGUUGGACGGGGCUGUUAAAACCAUCAUGGUGGAUGACUCCAAAACAGUUGGGGAGCUGCUUGUAACCAUAUGCAGUAGAAUAGGCAUUACCAACUACGAGGAGUACUCUUUGAUCCAGGAGUUUAUGGAGGAAAAGAAAGACGACAGCAUGGGCACGCUAAAGAAAGACCGAACGCUGCUGCGUGAAGAGAGGAAGAUGGAGAAGCUCAAAGCCAAACUGCACACAGACGACGACUUGAACUGGCUGGACCACAGCAGGACGUUUAGGGAGCAAGGCGUGGACGAGAACGAGACGCUUCUGCUGCGACGCAAGUUCUUCUACUCGGACCAAAAUGUGGACUCCCGGGACCCGGUCCAGCUCAACCUUCUUUACGUGCAGGCUCGAGACGACAUCCUAAAUGGUUCGCACCCUGUGUCGUUUGACAAGGCUGGCGAGUUCGGUGGCAUUCAGGCCCAGAUCCAGUUCGGACCUUUCAUGGAGCACAAACACAAGCCAGGAUUCUUAGACUUGAAGGAGUUUUUACCCAAAGAGUACAUAAAGCAAAGAGGAUCGGAGAAGAAAAUAUUCCAGGAGCACAGCAACUGCGGAGAAAUGACGGAGAUCGAAGCUAAAGUGAAAUAUGUCAAACUGGCGAGGUCUCUGAGGACUUACGGAGUGUCUUUCUUCCUGGUCAAGGAAAAGAUGAAGAGCAAAAACAAGCUAGUGCCGCGCCUCCUUGGCAUCACCAAAGAGUCUGUGAUGAGAGUGGAAGAGAAGACCAAAGACGUGGUGCAAGAGUGGCCACUCACCACCGUCAAGAGGUGGGCCGCCUCCCCUAAGAGCUUCACACUGGACUUUGGGGAGUACCAGGAGAGCUACUACUCUGUUCAGACCACAGAAGGAGAGCAGAUCUCUCAGCUUAUUGCAGGUUACAUCGACAUCAUCCUCAAAAAGAAACAAAGCAAGGAUCGUUUUGGAAUGGAAGGCGACGAGGAAGCAACCAUGCUUGAGGAAUCUGUGUCGCCUAAAAAGUCCACCAUCCUCCAGCAGCAGUUUAACCGCGUGGGACGGGCGGAGCACGGUUCGGUGGCGCUUCCCGGGGUGAUCCGCUCGGGCUCCAUCGGCACCGAGUCGCUCAGCGUGGGCAGCAUGCCGUCUCCUCAGCAGCAGAUCACAAUGGGUCAGAUGCACCAUGGACACAUGCCACCACUGAGCUCAGCCCAGCAAGCUCUGAUGGGGACCAUCAACACCAGCAUGCAGGCUGUGCAGAAGGCUCAGAUCGACCUUGGGGAGGUGGACAACCUGCCUCCACUAGGACAGGACAUGGCCUCCAAGGUGUGGAUCCAGAACAAGAUGGAUGAAUCCAAACAUGAGAUUCACUCUCAGGUUGACGCCAUCACUGCAGGAACUGCUUCUGUUGUCAACCUCACAGCCGGCGACCCGACCGACACAGACUACACUGCAGUGGGCUGCGCCAUCACCACCAUCUCGUCCAACCUGACAGAGAUGUCCAAGGGCGUCAAGCUGUUAGCUGCUUUCAUGGAGGACGAGGUGGGCGGCGGUAACGACCUCAUGAAGGCUGCCAGGACGCUAGCGGGAGCUGUGUCUGACCUGCUCAAGGCCGUGGAGCCUGCAUCUGGAGAGCCAAGACAGACGGUGCUGACAGCAGCCGGCAGCAUCGGCCAGGCCAGUGGAGACCUCCUUCGACAGAUUGGAGAGAACGAAACAGACGAAAGGUUCCAGGAUGUUCUGAUGAACCUUGCCAAAGCGGUGGCCAACGCUGCAGCCAUGUUGGUCCUGAAGGCCAAGAACGUGGCCCAGGUCGCGGAGGACACCGUCCUCCAGAACCGAGUCAUUGCCGCCGCCACCCAGUGCGCUCUAUCCACCUCCCAGCUGGUUGCGUGUGCCAAGGUGGUGAGUCCCACCAUCAGCUCCCCCGUUUGCCAGGAACAGCUCAUCGAAGCUGGGAAGCUGGUGGACCGCUCUGUGGAGAGCUGCGUCCAGGCCUGCCUGUCUGCUACGGAGGAUGGAGAGCUCCUCAAGCAGGUGAGCGCGGCAGCCUGCGUGGUGAGUCAGGCCCUGGAAGAUCUCCUGCAACAUGUCCGCCAGUACACUUCCAGGGGAGAGCCCAUCGGCCGCUACGACCAGGCCACUGACACCAUCAUGACGGUCACUGAGAGUAUCUUCUGCUCCAUGGGGGACGCCGGAGAGAUGGUCCGACAGGCCCGUGUGCUGGCUCAGGCCACGUCAGACCUUGUGAACGCCAUGAGGUCUGAUGCAGAAGCUGAAAUCGACGUCGACAACUCCAAGAAGUUGCUGGCAGCUGCGAAACUGUUGGCUGACGCCACUGCCAGGAUGGUGGAGGCAGCGAAGGGUGCAGCAGCCUAUCCCGAGAAUGAGGACCAGCAACAGCGACUGAGGGAGGCUGCGGAGGGUUUACGUGUGGCCACCAACGCCGCAGCUCAGAACGCCAUCAAGAAGAAACUGAUCAACCGACUGGAGAAUGCUGCCAAACAAGGUGCAGCGGCAGCCACCCAAACCAUCGCUGCUGCUCAGAAUGCUGCCGCCUCCAACAAGAACACUGCCGCCCACCAGCAGUUGGUGCAAAGCUGCAAGGCAGUGGCUGACCACAUCCCUCAGCUGGUCCAGGGCGUGCGGAGCAGUCAGGCCAAACCGGACGACCUGAGUGCACAACUUGCCCUCAUUAUUGCCAGUCAGAACUUCCUACAGCCUGGUAGUAAGAUGGUGACUUCGACCAAGUCAUCGGUUCCCACGGUGACAGAUCAGGCUGCCGCAAUGCAACUGGGUCAGUGUGCCAAGAACCUGGCCACCUGUCUGGCUGAGCUGAGGACAGUUGCACAGAAGGCUCAUGAAGCUUGCGGCCCCAUGGAAAUCGACUCUGCCCUCACCGCCAUCCAGACGCUGAAAAAUGAGCUGCAAGACGCCAGGCUGGCUGCCGGUAACUUGCAGCUGAAGCCUCUCCCGGGAGAAUCGUUGGAGAAGUGUGCUCAGGAACUGGGCAGCACAUCCAAGUCAGUCGGCUCCUCGAUGGCUCAGCUGCUCACCUGCGCUGCACAAGGCAAUGAACACUACACAGGCAUAGCAGCCAGGGAGACGGCCCAGGCCUUGAAGACGUUGGCCCAGGCGGCCCGCGGAGUCGGCGCAUCCAUAGCUGACCCCAAAGGUGCCGCCGCCAUGCUGGACUCGGCCCGCGAUGUUAUGGAGGGCUCGGCGCUUCUCAUUCAGGAAGCCAAGCAGGCGCUGAUCUCACCCGGAGAUGCCGAGAGUCAACAGAGGUUGGCACAGGUGGCUAAGGCCGUGUCUCAUUCCUUGAACAACUGCGUCAACUGCCUGCCCGGCCAGAAGGACGUGGACAUGGCUCUCAAGAGCAUCGGCGAGGCCAGCAAGAAGCUCCUGAUUGACAGCAUCCCACCCGCCUCCAAGACGUUUCAGGAGGCGCAGAGCGAGCUCAAUCAAACGGCGGCCGACUUGAACCAAUCUGCCGGCGAGGUGGUCCACGCCUCUCGAGGCUCCAGCAGCCAGCUGGCUGUGGCAUCUGGGAAAUUCAGCGAAGAUUUUGACGAGUUCCUGGACGCUGGUAUCGAGAUGGCUGGGCACACUCAGAAGAAGGACGACCAGGUGCAGGUGAUCAGCAACCUGAAGAACAUCUCCAUGGCCUCCAGCAAGCUGCUGCUAGCCGCUAAAAGUCUGUCAGUGGAUCCGGCAGCCGCUAACGCAAAGAACCUGCUCGCAGCUGCGGCAAGAUCUGUGACCGACAGUAUUAACCAGCUGAUCACGCUCUGCACUCAGCAGGCGCCUGGCCAGAAGGAGUGUGAUAACGCCCUCCGAGAGCUCGAGGCGGUCCGAGGAAUGCUGGACAACCCCAAUGAACCCGUUAAUGACCUUUCCUACUUCGACUGCAUCGAGAGUGUCAUGGAAAAUUCCAAGGUCUUGGGAGAGUCCAUGGCGGGGAUUUCCCAGAACUGCAAGACGGGAGACGUUACUUCAUUUGGAGACUGCGUAGGAUCGGCGUCCAAGGCGCUUUGUGGGCUCACAGAGGCUGCAGGACAGGCCUCCUACCUGGUGGGCGUGUCGGAUCCCAACAGUCAGGCAGGUCACCAGGGUUUAGUGGACCCCAUCCAGUUUGCUAAAGCCAACCAAGCUAUCCAAAUGGCCUGUCAGAAUCUAGUCGACCCACAGAGUAGCCCCUCUCAGGUCCUUUCAGCGGCCACCAUCGUUGCAAAGCACACGUCGUCGCUGUGUAACGCCUGCCGCCUGGCUUCCUCGAAGACCACCAACCCUGUUGCCAAGCGACACUUUGUCCAGUCUGCUAAGGAGGUGGCCAACAGCACCGCCAACCUGGUCAAAACCAUUAAGGCUCUGGAUGGAGACUUCUCGAAUGAAAACAGGAACAGGUGUCGAGUGGCCACAGCUCCACUCAUCGAAGCGGUGGAAAACCUGACAACAUUCGCAUCCAACCCGGAGUUUGCCAGCCUCCCCGCUCAAAUCAGCCACGAGGGCUCUGCAGCUCAGGAGCCGAUCCUCCAGUCGGCUUACUCCAUGCUCGACAGCUCCACCUACCUGCUCAAGACAGCACGCUCACUGGUUAUCAACCCUAAAGACCCACCCACCUGGUCUGUGUUGGCUGGUCACUCCCGCACUGUCUCCGACUCCAUCAAGAGUCUCAUCACUGCCAUACGUGACAAGGCCCCAGGCCAGCGGGAGUGCGACUCGUCCAUUGAUAAUGUCAACAAAUGUAUCCGGCACAUUGAGCAGGCCUCUUUGGCUGCGGUCAGCCAGAACUUACCCAGCAGGGACGACAUCUCACUGGAGGCCCUGCAAGAACAGCUGACAUCCUCCGUGCAGGAAAUUGGUUACUUAGUCGACCCUGUUUCCACCGCUGCCAGGGGCGAAGCUUCCCAACUAGGACACAAGGUCACCCAGCUGGCCCGCUACUUUGAACCGCUAAUCAGGGCCGCGGUGGGCGUGGCGUCCAAGCUGAAGGACCACCAGCAACAGAUGACCUUCCUGGAUCAGACUAAGACCUUGGCCGAGUCCGCCCUGCAGAUGCUGUAUGCUGCCAAGGAGGGAGGAGGAAACCCAAAGGCGUCCCACACGCACGAUGCCAUCGCCGAGGCAUCCCAGCUCAUGAAGGAGGCGGUGGAUGACAUCAUGGUGACGCUGAACGAGGCCGCCAGUGAAGUAGGCAUUGUGGGAGGGAUGGUGGACGCUAUCGCCGAGGCCAUGGCCAAGCUGGAUGAGGGAACGCCACCUGAACCUGAGGGCUCCUUCGUGGACUACCAGACCAGUAUGGUGAAACACUCCAAAGCUAUUGCAGUCACCGCCCAGGAAAUGGUGACCAAAUCGGUGACAUGUCCAGACGAGCUGGGGAGUCUGGCCUCUCAGGUGACCGCAGACUUCAGCCAGCUGGCGGUGCAGGGGCGCAUGGCCGCCCACACGGCCGAGCCAGAAGAGAUUGGUUUCCAGAUUAAGACCAGAGUGCAGGAGCUGGGCCACGGAUGCAUCUUCUUGGUCCAGAAGGCCGGAGCGCUGCAGAUUACUCCUUCUGACAGCUUUACCAAAAGAGAACUUAUCGACUGCGCCCGUGCCGUCACAGAGAAGGUGUCUCUGGUGCUGUCGGCGCUGCAGGCUGGCAACAAGGGCACACAGGCCUGCAUCACGGCAGCCAGCGCCGUGUCGGGCAUCAUCGCAGAUCUGGACACCACCAUCAUGUUCGCCUCCGCCGGCACUCUUAACGCGGAGGACGACGAGUCCUUCGCUGACCACAGAGAGAACAUUUUAAAGACGGCCAAAGCUUUGGUGGAGGACACGAAGAUGUUGGUGUCUGGUGCCGCCUGCGGCCAGGACAGAUUGGCUCAAGCGGCCCAGUCUUCUGCCAAAACCAUCACCCACCUCACUGAUGUGGUCAAACUGGGAGCCGCCAGCAUCGGCUCAGACGAUCCAGAGACUCAGGUGGUUCUGAUAAAUGCCGUCAAAGACGUCGCCAAGGCGCUGGCGGAGCUCAUCAGCGCCACCAAGUGUGCCGCCGGCAAAGCGGCAGACGACCCGUCCAUGUACCAGCUGAAGAGCGCCGCCAAGGUGAUGGUGACCAACGUGACGUCCCUGCUAAAGACAGUCAAGGCUGUGGAGGACGAGGCCACACGAGGCACCAGAGCACUGGAGGCCACCAUUGAGUGCAUCAAACAGGAAAUGGCGUUAUUCCACUCCAGGGACCCCCCUAUCAAAACAACUACACCUGAAGAAUUCAUCCGCAUAACCAAAGGCAUCACCAUGGCGACGGCUAAAGCAGUGGCUGCUGGGAACUCUGCCCGACAGGAGGACAUCAUCCACACGGCCAACCUGAGUCGCAAGGCCAUUUCGGACAUGCUCGCCAGCUGCAAGCAAGCGGCUUACCACCCUGAUGUCAACGAGGAGGUGAAGAACAGGGCCCUGAGGUUUGGAUCAGAGUGCACUGUUGGGUACAUUGAUCUGCUGGAACAAGUACUUCUGGUGUUGCAGCGGCCCACACCUGAGCAAAAGCAGCAGCUGGCAGCGUGUUCGAAACGAGUGGCCGGAGCCGUCACCGAACUCAUCCAGUCUGCGGAGGCCAUGAAAGGUUCUGAGUGGGUGGACCCAGAGGACCCCACUGUGAUCGCAGAGACGGAGCUGUUAGGGGCGGCGGCGUCCAUCGAGGCGGCUGCUAAGAAGCUGGAGCAGCUCAAACCUCGAGCCAAGCCUAAGCUGGCGGAUGAGACGUUAAACUUUGAGGAGCAGAUCCUGGAGGCGGCCAAGUCCAUCGCUGCCGCCACCAGCGCCUUGGUCAAAUCCGCCUCUGCCGCCCAGAGAGAGCUGGUGGCUCAGGGCAAAGUGGGCUCCAUCCCAGCCAACGCCGUAGACGACGGCCAGUGGUCCCAAGGUCUCAUCUCGGCUGCACGUAUGGUGGCGGCGGCCACAAGCAACCUGUGCGAGGCUGCCAACGCGUCCGUGCAAGGCCACGCCAGCGAGGAAAAACUGAUUUCUUCAGCCAAGCAGGUGGCCGCCUCCACUGCACAGCUGCUGGUGGCCUGCAAGGUGAAGGCUGACCAAGACUCUGAGGCCAUGAGGAGACUGCAGAUUGCUGGCAACGCUGUGAAGAAGGCGUCCGACAACUUGGUGAGAGCGGCUCAAAAGGCGGCGUUUGACAAGGCAGAUGAAGACAACGUGGUGGUCAAGACCAAGUUUGUCGGAGGCAUUGCACAGAUCAUUGCGGCCCAGGAGGAGAUGCUGAGGAAGGAGAGAGAGCUGGAAGAAGCCCGGAAGAAGCUGGCUCAGAUCCGACAGCAGCAGUACAAAUUCCUGCCCAGCGAGCUGCGCGAGGACAACAACUAAAGAAACCUUUUGCUCUAAAAUCGACGUCUUUAUGUCUCAGCUGCUGCGUGUUACCGACUGAUUGCAAGCAACCGGUCUCACGCGGCGAGGACGUCCUAAACGGUGACAACAUGAAGACGUGUCCUGGCGUGCAACAACCAAGCUACUUCAAGCCCAAUGUGACUCGCUCGGGAGCGAACGUGUGCAAUGUCUCCUGUCUUCUCUCAGCUUGACACCUGCAACAGACGACGCCGCCACACACAAAGGGAAGGUCUGACAUGCUUGUCAAUGUCAACCAAGGGCAUCUCGUAGAUCUGCAUGUCUUUGGCCUUGAAUUGAGCCUUUCUGAUAUUUAUUAUUAUUUUGAGGAUAUUUUUAGCCGGCGUGUGAUCGUCAGAGAAGGGGGAAAAAAAACACAUCUUACUGCCUCUUUUCUGCCAGCCUUCACAUUAGGGGUGGAAAGUGAUGCAAUAACAAGGAUAGUGCUGUAGGGGGCAGUGUUGGUGUCCUAUUGAAAUAAUAAACUAUCAUUUCAGUUGCUACCAGGAAAUCAUUUUUACUAAUCUGUCGAAUUGGCUGCAAAUUAAGAACUAAUACCUCAAAUCAUCUUUUAUUUUUUCACCCCCAAAUGAAUUCAAUCUUUAUUUUGGACUUAAAGGGUGCGGCUUUAUGAAUACACUACCUGCAAUAGCAACGCCGUUUGUUUACCAAAUGUGAUUGUUGUGUAUCUGCCUUACUAUUUACAGCCUGUUGUGUGUAUACUGUACAUGUAGUGUUACUGUACAUGUAGUGUUACUGUACACGCAGUGUUACUGUACAUGCAGUGCGUGUGCUGUAAGGUUAGUGCAUGGCUAUAGAUUCAUCUUGCCUUAGAAUACACGUGUGUGUGUGUGUGUGUGUGUGUGUGUGUGUGUGUGUGUGUGUGUGUGUGUGUGUGUGUGUGUGUGUGUGUGUGUGUGUGUGUGUGUGUGUGUGUGUGUGUGUGUGUGUGUGUGUGUGUGUGUGUGUGUGUGUGUUUUCAUCCGUCUGAUUUGUAGUAUUAUUAGUGCCUUAGUGCAGUGGUUCUCAAACUUUUUUCACCAAGUACCACCAUAGUAGUAGGCCUAAGUAAUCAUUAAAAGCAAGGCAGAGGUUUUAUUUAAGUAUAUUGAAAUGUAACAAGAAAAUGUUGCAUUGUUGACUCUAAUAACAUAAGUUGCCAUGCAGGCUGUUUCUUUCUUUAAAAAAUAAUAAUGAAUCAAAAUCAAUGUCAUUAUGAAUAAUUGACCUAUUCAAGGCUCCAAUUAUGUCACAUUAAAUAUUCCAAUUUGAGAUAUUUUUGGGAAAAAUGUUGCAUAUUUUGUGUUUGCCAUAUAAAAAAACUAAGCUGUUUUUUUUUUGUUUUUUUAAAGAAGGGCCUAAAACGAACAAACAAAAAACAUAAACAACAAUAAAACUUAUAAUUGACGGAUAGAUCUGAAGUCGAUCUCGAGAUUAUUGUGUUAAAAGUAAAAAAAAAAUUAUACAUUAUUUUUUAACACUUUAAUGAGUAGGACCCGUUUGGAUCCCCAACCAUUUUAGUGGGACUAUUUUUUUUUAGUGUCAUUGCUCAAAAAAUAAUAAUUAGUUAAAAUCAAUGUUGUUAGGAGUUAUUGACCUUUUUAAGGCUCCAAUUAUUAUAUAAUCUCAAAUAUUCCACUUAAAAAUCUUUAUUGGGUGAAAAUAUUGUAUAUUUUGUGUUUUUCCCACAAAAAACAGGAUUUUCUUUGACAAAAAGGGCACACAACUUAAAUCUUUAACAACGUUAUAUUGACAGAUAGACCUAAUGUUGAUCUAGAGAUUUAAACCUUGAGUAAAAAUAAUACUAAAUAAUAACACAUUUUUUACAUAUUUUUUUACCAAUACCCUUUGAGGUAUCCGGGAUGAAGCCUGAGUGGAGGCCUAAAUGUGUAUUUUUUAUACAUAUAUUGUAUUGGUUUUUGAAAUAAAAAAUUUCAAAAUGGCCCCCGCUUUGCUUUGUGUGUGGCCCUCAGUGGAAAAAGUUUGGACACCCCUGGUCUACAUUGUGUGUGUGUGUGUGUGUGUGUGUGUUUGUGUGUGACAUCUCACACAGGUCAGUAGAAGGUUGGCUCCUUUGUUGUUGGUGUUAUCAAGUGCUUCUGUCACUGCAACCUCAUGUUCCGUCUUUCUCAUGUAAGGGAUGAGAGUACUGGUUCAUGACACUUUCUCUCAGUUGCUCAUUGCUACGGUGCGUCUUGUUCAUUCUGACGUCCGUUUCUCAUUCUGACACCCUUUCGAAGAAAGAUAGGAUUGUUUCACUGCGUUUUCCUGGUUUCUCAUUCAUUCUGGAACAUUUCAGAUGAUCAUACUGGUUCACUGCAUUCUCAUGAAGUAGGGCUCUCAUUCUAGCACGCGCCCGUUUUUGAAGAGUGUCCAUUGCAUCUUCAUCAUUUUAGUAGUAGCUUUUUCUUGAGAAUGAUACGCCAUGUUUGCUGCGUUCUCAUCAGGUAGUUGUGCACUGCGUUCUCAUAGUCGGGCUCUCGUUCCAGCACGUACUGUAUAUGAGAGCCUUUUGGAGAAUGGUACUACGUGUUCACUGUAUUCUCAUCUGGUUAGUAGUUGUCGACUGCAUUGUGAUCUUGUUAGUAUUUCACUGCCUUUCCAUGAGGUUUAUCAUUCAUUUUGACCCUUUGAAGGCCUUUUUCAUGAAUGAUUCUACUCGUAUUUUCAUCAGGUAAGAUGAGCAUGAGAGUACUGGUUCACUGUGUUUUCCCAAUGUUUCUCAUUCUGACACAAAUGAGGUACUUUGGGUAAAUGAUAAUAGACGUUCACUGCGUUUUCAUGAUGUUUCUCAUUCUUUGUGACACAUUGAAGGUGGUUUCGUGGCAUGAGAAUACUGGUUCACGUCUUCAUGAUGGCCUUUAGGUAAAUGACAGUAGAUUUUCACUACAGUUUCCUGAUGUUUCUCAUACAGUCUAACAUAUAUAAGGCCUUUAUGGGACAUGAGAAACCUGGUUUACUGCCUUUUAAUGAAUGUUCUCAAUAUUCCACACACUUUUAUAGUCGUUUUGUGGCACGAGAAUACCGGUUCAACACAUUUCAUGAAGUUUCUCAGUCUGACAUUUAAGGUCACUUUGUUUUUUUAAGAUCUUUCUCAUUCUGACACUUUGGGUAAAUGAUAGCCAACUAAGCACAUUUUCAUGAUAUUUCUCAUUCAUUCUUACAUAUUUAAGUUCUUUAAGCGGCAUGAGGAUACCAUUUCAAUAUAUUUUUAUGAUGUUUUCUCAUUCACUCUUACAUAUUUAGGGUCAUUUUGUGGCAUGAGUAUUGGUUUACUGUAUUUUCCUGAUGUUUGUCCCAUUAGGAAAAUGAUAUUUUCAUGAUGUUUAAAUUCAUUCUAACAUAUUUAAGGCCUUUAUGGGGCAUGAGAAAACUGCUUCACUGCAUUUUCAUGAAUUUUCUAAUUUCACACACAUUUGAGGUCGUUUCGUGGCAUGAGAACACUGGUUCACUACAUGUUUUAUUUUUUCUCUCUCAUUCGGACACACAUGAGCCAGGUCCUUUUGGGUAAAUAAAUAAAAUACAAGACAUUUUCAUGUGGUUUUCUCAUUCAUUUUGAAAAACAAAGGCCUUUCAUGAGGAUACUGAUAUAAUGCAUUUUCAUGAUGUUUCUCAUUCAUUCUGACACACAUGAGGAUUUAUGUGAAAAGAAAACAGAAAAACAGAAUUUGACUAUUUUCAUGUUUCUUCAUUCAUUCUGACCUAUUUAGGCCUUUACGGGACAUGAGAAUAUAUGGUUCUACACUUUAAUGAUGUUUCUUAUUCGUUCUGACACAUUUAGGUCCCUUUGUGACCUGAGAAUACUUGUUAACUACAUUUUCAUUAAGUGUUUCUCAUUCAUUCUAAAAUACAGGAUUAAGGCCUUGAUGGGACAUGAGAAUAAUGGUUGUCUACAUUUUCAUGAUGUUUCUCAUUCAUUCUGACAUAUUAAGGCCUUGACGGGACAUGACAAUACUGGUUGACUACAUUUUAAAGUUUCUCAUUCAUACUGACUUCAUUUUGUGACAUGAGAAUACUGGUUGACUACAUUUUCAUGAUGUUUCUCAUUUUGACUUCAUUUUUUGACAUGAGAAUACUGGUUGACUACAUUGUCAUGAUGUUUCUCAUUCAUUUUGACUUCAAUUUUUGACAUGAGAAUACUAGUUGACUACAUUAUCAUGAUGUUUCUCAUUCAUUUUUACUCUACUUUGUGACAUGAGAAUACUGGUUGACUACAUUUUCAUGUUUGUAAUUCAUUUUGUCACAUGGGAAUACUGGUUAUUACAUUUUUAUGAUAUUUCUCAUUCAUUUUGACUUCAUUUUGUGACAUGAGAAUACUGGUUGACUACAUUUUCAUGAUGUUUCUCAUUCAUACUGACUUCAUUUUGUGACAUGAGAAUACUGGUUGACUACAUGUUUAUGUUUUUCAUUCAUUUUGUUACACGAGAAUACUGGUUAACUAAAUUUUCAUGAUGUUUCUCAUUCAUGCACACACAUUUAAGGUCAUUUUGUGAUGUGAGAAUACUGGUUCAGUACUUUUUUUUUUUUUAAAUGAUUUUUCUCAUUCAUACGGACUUCAUUUUAUAACAUGAGAUUAAGAUUAAAGGUUAAAGUACCAAUGAUUGUCACACACACACUACAUGUGGUGAAAUUUGUCCUCUGCAUUUGUCCCAUCCCCUUGGGGAGCAGUGGGCAGCAGCGGCGCCGCGCCCGGGAAUCAUUUUGGUGAUUUAACCCCCAACUCCAACCCUUUGUUGCUGAGUGCCAAGCAGGGAGGUUAUGGGUCCCAUUUUUAUAGUCUUUGGUAUGACUCGGCUGGGAUUUGAACUCCAACCUACCGAUCUCAGGGCGGACACUCUAGAGAACACUGUUGACCACAUUUUAGUGAUGUUUCUCAUUUUGUGACAUGAGAAUACUGGUUCACUACAUUUUAAUGACAUUUGUCAAUCAUUUUGACACGUUUAAGGUCAUUUUGUGACAUGAGAAUACUGAUUCACUGCAUUCUCAUGAUUUCUCUCAAUAAUUCACACAUUUAGGGUCGUUUUUUUUGGCAUGAGAAUACUGGCUCACUAUACAUUUUCAUGUUGUUUGUCUCAUUCUUACACACAUGAGGUACUUUGGGUAAAUGAUAAUUGACUUUUACUACAUUUUCAUGAUGUUCCCAUUCAUUUUGACACAUUUAAGGCUUUGGCGGGACAUGAGAAUAAUGGCGCACAACAUUUUCAUGAUGUUUCUCAUUCAGUCUGAUGUCAAGGCCUUGGCGGGACAUGAGAAUACAAGUUCACUGCGUUUUCAUGAUGUUUCUUAUUAAUUUUAUGGCAUGGGAACUCUUAACUUAUUGUCACAUGCAUCAUUCAGUCUGACACAUUUUAGCUCAUUUUAUAGCAUGAGAAAAACUGAUUCACUGCAUUUUCAUGAUCAUUCUCAUUCCUUCUGCCACAUUUAGGUCACCUGGGUGACGACAGUAGUCUGAUGUGUAAAAACCACAAAUAUUGAAAUAUUAGUGUCCAUGUUUUCUUUUCAAUGCGCUGACCUGGCCGAUAUUUAUUUCCUGCCUCUGCGUCCUCUCAUCCCUUUUAAGAAGCUACAAACGUGAAUGUGACAUUUGACCUUUGCGUCCGCAUCAUGAGACAUUUUAAGGACUAAUGAGCACACUUACUUAGCAGGUAGACCAUGAAGAUAGUUAUCUGCCAUGAUGAACUAUAUUUUGUAUUUACUUGAAAUAAAGCAUUUCAUUGUG